UCGAGGUCAUCGUCGGGAGGGAGGCGCAUCGCGACGCUGGGGGACCUUGGCAGCGGCGGUCCGUCGCUCGGGCCUGGGGGAGCACACGGCGCACACGGCCAUGCGCACGGAGACGACGAUGACGAUGACGACGAUGACGGGGCUGGGAACCGGGGAGAGGACUGGUAUGCUGGCGGAGAGCGCAGUGGGAUCUCUGUGCAAAACCCGGACAGGGCUGGGGCUGCUCCAGGAGGAAACUUGGUUCGCGAUCUGCUGCGAAGGGCUGCUGAAGCAGGCCCCCCGGUCGUGCCCCAGGGCGCUCCCGCUGCUCAGCGCCGUGCAUUCUUCGGCGGCGGACACACGCUGGGCAGCGACGAAGUCGAGAGCACAUACGUCCCCGAUCCCAGCGCGGAGCCUGCGCAACCCGAGGAGGAGACCGCGAUCCGCCACCUCACCUUCUGGCGCGACGGUUUCACGGUCGAGGACGGCGAGCUCAUGCGCUACGACGACCCCGCAAACGAGCAGAUCCUCGCCGAGAUCAACUCGGGACGCGCCCCUCCGCACAUCCUGAACGUGUCCCCCGGGCAGCCCGUCGAGCUCCGCGUGGUCAAGCGCCUCCAGGACGCGUACGUCCCGUCCCCGCGCGCGCGCCAGGCGAAGGUGUUCUCGGGCCAGGGCCACCGCCUCGGCUCGCCCGUCGCGCCCGUCUCCUCCCUCCCCUCGACGUCCUCCUCGACCCCGGAGCGUGCCUCCAUCCCCGGGUCGUUCCCCAGCAGCAGCGCAGAGCCCAGCGGGAGCGGGGCAGGGGCAGGGGCGGGCGGGCGAGGCGCGCAGGAGUUCGGGACGCGGUUCGAGGUGGAUCAGACGAAGCCGACGACGAGCGUGCAGAUCCGGCUUGCGGACGGGACGCGGAUGGUCGCGCGGAUGAACCUGACGCACACGGUGGGGGACAUCCGGAACUUCAUCAACGCGUCGCGGCCGGAGAACAACGCGCGGGCGUACGCGAUCAUGACGACGUUCCCGAACAAGGAGCUGCAGGACGACGGGCAGACGAUCGAGGCGGCGGGUCUGGCGAAUGCGGUGGUCGUGCAGCGUUGGGCAUAA